AUGCGGAAGCCUGAUAACUUACUCCUUAUCCUUGCAGUCGAGUAUACCGACCCAUUCGGCCUGUUUCCUCAAGUCAAGCCGCUCCUAUCCCAAGUCCUUCCCCUCCGAAACCUCCACUGGAAGUCUUCGACUCGGCCAGUCCGCUCGAUUGACUCCCUGCAAAUCGAUUUCAAACCCGCCCACACGGUAGCAGAUGACCAGAAGCGACUCAGCGAUGGCGCAAGCGGAGCGGUAUCGCAGAGAAGACACCAGAUACCUGGACUAUUACAGACACCAUAUUUAAAGAUAUAUUUGUUACGAUGUGAUGAUAACGAGACGUAUAAGACGACCUCUAGAAAGACGUUACGAGAAUGGAUAAAAACUAGGACAUCCGCUGCGCCAACUGGACCUGAUAACCACGAUGCGUUCGAAUGGUUAAUUCUUCACGUCAUACCAUCGACUGCACCUAGCCCUGAAGUGACAGAGAAGGCCACACCAUCAAAAUGGCCUGGGAGAGGCUCGACUUCGGUCCUUGAGAAAGUAAAGGCCGAUUUCAACGGAUCCUCAAAAACCGCAGUUGACCGUGUUGCGCAGCUGAGGAUUCCAAAAGCGGAUGCGGAUAAGAAACAGCCUGAAUUAACGGCGCAAUUGGAUGAGCUUGUCGCGAAGCUGAAAUAUUUUAUUCUCACAUCUUUUGAUUUGCGCGUGGGUCAAUAUGAGGCUGAUAUCCGUGAGAAGGACUCACAGAGAAGCCUGCCGGGCUGGAACUUCUGCACUUUCUUUAUACUAAAAGAGGGUCUUUCUCUUGGCCUUGAAAAUGUUGGGCUUUUCGAGGAUGCUCUUAUAGGAUAUGAUGAGCUUGCUGUCGGACUGGAUUCGGCACUGCGAGAUCAAAUCUCGGGCACGGGAGACCAGCACGGAGGCACAUUUCUAAAUUACAGCAAAGACCUCAAAUCAAAAGCUGAGGCUGCUCUGGCUGCAGAGUCGUCGGAAAAGGAAGAAGGAUCCAGUUCAUCAGAGGAUGAGGAUGAAGAUGAGGACGACAAUGAUGGUGACCGUGAUGAGCUUUUCUCAAACCCCAUUGCACUGGAUCAAGAUAUUUUUCCACUUCAGCCCCAACAGAAACCAUACAGAGAUAUGAUUCUUGCAAAUAACAUAUCUGUCUUUGAUUUUCGUGUCUAUAUCUUUUCGAGGCAGCUACUACUCCUCCUCAAAGCUGCGCGGUCACCCCCAUCAAAUCGUCAAAGUAGCUCCCAAAAAAGUGCGGAGAAGCAUAACUUGACACUUCUCGCCGAGAUCUGUGAGAGAGCUAGCGAGUUUAUUACCCUUGCUUGCCGAACGUUGCGGAAAGAUGUCGAAACUGGACUGGCUCAGUUAAAACAAGCUCCGGAUCCCUCCAGGAAGGAGAACAUUAUCACAAAUAUCGUUUCAUCCUGGGCCUACGCAGCCGUUUCCCAAGUCCUUAUUCAAACGUCUACUAAGAGCCUUGAGAUUCCCAAAGUUUCCCUAAGGACGAGCAAGGACCUAGUUGAUGCAACUGUUCUUACCAGCUUCGCCACGGGAGCAAGGCCAGAAGUUCUUAAACGGACCAGUUCAUUGAUGUCCUCUACUUCAAGACCUAAUUCCGUUUUAGCCUUAAACCCAUUGGGGUCCAUCAUGUCCGCACCGCAAAAAGCCGGCGGUAUAGAGUUAGCCGCGGCCCAGGCUGAUUUGUAUCACCUCGCUAGAUGCCAGUUGGGAGCACUUGGCCGGAGGAGAGGAUGGGGAAAUAGAUGGCAUAGUAUGCCAUUGCUGCUCAAUGGAAAGAACGGCUUCACUGAGGUUUCGUUGAAUGACGAGCCCAUAGACAAAAGACGACCCCCAGUGGUAUCAACGUCAGCGGGUGUAGAAACGCCUUGUCUGGCUCUAUCAAUGGAGUCAGAAAAGAACUUUAACUGCCUUUAUGAACAGAUUACAGACCAAAUAUUCCGUCAUAAUGUUGCAGCGAACCGAUUCAAGUCUGCGGAAAUAAUGAUGGCUGAUAUUGCACUGCUGAAGUAUGAAACGGGUGACUAUGCCUUAGCAGCAUCAUACUUUCACCAGCUCUCCAAUUUUUACCGCAGCAAUGGUUGGGAGACGUUAGAAGGCACAAUGGUAGAGCUAUACAGUCAGUGCCUAAAGCAGCUGGACCGCAAAGAUGAGUUCGUUCAUGCUCUUCUGAGACUACUCGGGAUAUAUUCCUCGACCAUUCAACCUUCUUUGAUAUUGCAAUCUAGCAUAGGUUGCAAGGUUGAAGGAUACGUUGAGGAUCUAUUUGCAGUCUCUCAGUCGCUUUCCAAAACGUUUCCGGUUCUUAUUAAAGAUUUUUUCAGAGAUAUCCAAGUCCAACCCGGCAUUUCUCACUUCCAGGAUAGAGACGGGUUCCAGGCACAGCUGUCAUUGAGAUACGCUCUUGGGGAAAAGAUAAAAAUUGACAAUGUUAAGAUGCGCCUCGUUAAUGCGUUAGAAAUACCAAACAACGAGCUGUGGUUGGAAAAUCCCGACUCGACUGUGGUAAAGUCGAAGUGGACAAAAAUCUUGCUUGACUCCUCGGUAAGAUUUGAUAUUCUACAAUAUUGUAUAAUGCUAAUCUCUAUUGUUUUUUACAACUGUAGACAACAGUACAUGGAAAGUACUAUGUUGACCGGAUUGAGAUGCGAGCAGGGAAUAUUACGUUCACACAUGAUUAUGACAAUCAAGUGGCUGCAUCUCAUAUACUUCAAGACACGUCAAGCAAGUCGCUUACUUCCGAGGCAGAACGCCCAUAUGUGGUCUGUUUCCCCGCUGUCAACGCGUUUAUCGGAAAAGUUUCUCAGUCGAGAGCUAUCAACUUGA